AUGACGAGCGACGAAAGUGAUAUCAUCCCAGAGAACUCACAGACAACAGUUGAUGAAGUCACACCAGCAGCGUCUCGUGCUCAAUCGAAUUAUAGUACCUAUAGAACGAAAUUAUCCAUAGCACCAGUGAAAUGGGGUGAAAAUCGAACGCAAUACUUGUGGAGAUUGUUACGAUGCUCGAUACGACGAACGAUUGAUGCGGUUGCACGUGCAGAUGACACAGACAUAGAACGAUCUCAUGGUUUGCAUUUCAUUCGGAAUAUGAAUCAUGAUAUUCAAGUCAAAUGUAUUGCGUUCAAUAUUAAGAAAAAGGAAAUCGUUAGUGUUGAUCAUGAUCAAACUGUUCGCGUGUAUUACUCCGAUGGGCGAAUAUAUAAAAAGUUUAAAGUGAAUUUUCAAUUUGAUCAAUUAUUCUAUUGUAUAAAUGAAGAUGAAUUUGUUGCCUGGACACGUGAUGGGAAAGAACUUCAUGUUUUAAAUGCAAAUAUAGAAAUCUUAUCGACAUCGACUUGCGAAUAUCAGAUUACUGAUUUGAGCUAUAAUGACAAAACGUCUGAUGUAUUUACUUGUGGAAAAGGAGCUCUUACUGUUUGGUUAUUUCGUUUCAAUCGAAAACAUCUCGUACCGAAAUUCGAGUGUCAAAAUGUGCCAGCAGAUUUGAAUUUGAAUAUCUUAGCUGCUGAACAAACAGAUGGUUCUAUGCAACGUUUGUUUGCUACAGCUGGUUUUGAUGUUUUGACGUACAAUAUCGGUGGAGAAGGACAACUUAUUCAUACAAAACAGGAUCUACAUGUUCGACCAAUUGUAGCCAUGAUAUACAUUGAUCAACGUGAUGUUCUUGUCACUGCUGGCCGAGACGGCUCAAUUAAAGUCUGGGAUAACCGAUGGUUUAUUAUAUAUGCUUAUAUUGGUCAUCAAGAUCGAAUAUUGUACUUAAGUAAACAUCCCUUUGGACCGUAUUUGAUUUCCAGUAGUCAAGACCGGACAAUUCGUGUAUGGAGUCUUGAAUAUGGUGAUGUAGUUGAUGUAAUUCAUGUUCCUGAGCCGAUAGCGGAGAUGAAUGUGACAUUGAGUUAUGAAAAGUUUGUUGUUAAAUCAACGAAAUGUUUGCAGUUGUGGUGUGUGAAACAUUAUUGUGAUUUUUUAACUUUCGUCGGUGCACCGAUUUUUAAAAUUCUAUGCACAACACAUCCGGAUUACCCUGUUCGAUCGGUCCUCUUAUGUAAAGAUUCAACUGUACGAAUAGUUGCAUGUGCUACUGGUGAUGUUUUAACAAGUCUAAUUUACAGUGUGAAUUUUGAAGCAACGUCAUGUGCAUACGCAAUUGCUCAGAACACCUUGUUCGUGACUAAUGGUACAACAAUACUCAAAGCAGAUACAUCGUUAAAUCCAUGUAGAAUCGUUCAACAGUUCGAAGCCACCGAGUAUACAAUUAAUGCCUUGGUCAUAUACGAAUACAUUGCUCAGGGCAGUAUGGAUCAAUCACCGGCGUUUAAAGCUUUAGUGACAAAACCAAGUAUCGAUCUGAUUCAAGUUGGUGUUCGAGGUUUUAGUCGAACGUUGCUAAUUGCUGGACUAAGCAAUGGCCGAGUGGCAGUAUUGAAAUGGGAUACUGGAGAGAUUGAUUUUUCGUUGGAUAUGCAUUCGAGUCGGCCAGUUGUUGAAGUGAUCGCUAACUCCAGUGCCGAUCAAAUUAUCUCCUGUGGCGUUGAUCUGAUUAUUCGCAUUUGGCGAGUAUUUCCCUAUGCUAUAGAAUCGCUUGCUGUCACUCGUUCGAUCUUCUGUGCUAUACAACCCAUUCAUUUGACUGUGUUGAGAAAUUCACUUGCUGUAGCUUUUCGAGAUGAAACAACUAUGACACAUUCGUUAAUGCUGUAUAGUUUGGAUAACAACGAACGAUAUGAUCAUUCGCCGGACAAUGAUCAUUGUGAUAAAAUAACUGCAGUAUCAACUUGCUCGAAAUUGAAAUUAUUAGCGACGGGUAGUCUUGAUGGAACGUUACGUAUUUGGAAUGGUGAAAAUCAAUUGAUCAGAAUGAUUAUUAUUCACGAUAAUAUCCAUUCGUUGCAUUUUAUCAACGACUCAGGAGAUUUAAUUAUUGGUAUCGGUGAUCAUCUUUACAAGAUGUCGCAUUUAUCGUAUCUACCGAAAGCAAUUGUUUUCAAAACGGUGUCGAUGCAAUUUGCACCGACUAAACCAGAAAAGAAAGUAAGAGAAGACGCCGAUGAAGCCCAAUUGAUUCGUAUGUCGUCCGAAGAUCUUAUUCGUUUGAAAAAAGCCCAUAAAGCCGAUCAAAUAGCGAUUAGUACGAAUCGUGAAAACGCGGAACUUGCGGCAUUCCAUGAAAAACUAGCAGAGCAGAUGAAACGCAAGAAUGAAGAAUUAGAAAAAUUGGAGAAACGUGAUGAAGAGAUUGUCCAGAUUUCUGAAGGAAAACUUCAACGGACGAAAAAAUACAAAGUAUCAUCAAAACUGCGACAGGAAGCAUUUGAUGAGUAUAUGAAAAUGUUUUUAAAAGAACCUAAACAAGGAUUAUUGGAUGAAGAUAAAUAUAAAAUCACAGAAGAAGAAUUAUUUGGUCCGCCACCCACAAAACUUGAACCAUAUAUGAUUGAUACAGAUAAUGGAUUCUUCCGCUCAUUGAAGGAAGCGAAUUCAGAUCCAAUCACGAAAUUGUUCGUAGACCGAGAACAGAAACUAUCCCAACUUGAACAGCAGUAUCGAGAGCCGUUGCCAUUUCCAGAUGAUGAUAUACGUCUUGCUAAAUUAGAACAAGAUAGAUACGAAGCGAAGAAGCUUUUGGAACACAAUUUACAAAGAAUCACCUUACCAUCUCAACGUCCUCCUCAUUAUGGUCCUGGUACAACUGUUCCGAAUUCUGUUUUGGCAAAGUUACUUUGGCCUGAACCAGUCUUAGUUAAAAAGAUUGAGCAAGAAGAAUGGAAACCAGCUGUCCUCUCCGAUCAACAAUUACAUGCCAUUGAAGAAAAUAAACCCGUGGAUGAAGAAGCCGAAUGGCAGGAAUUGAUGGCAGCAAUGAUGAAAAAGAGACUUGGUGUUGAUGACGAUGAUAUAUCUGAUCGUAAGGAGAAACAAAAAGAUCCGAGUGAAUAUAUGAAGCAACUCACUGGCCUUGCUCAGCAACCAGUGGAACAACUAUCCGAAGAAACAUCUGCGGAACAAGACACGAGCGCAGCGAAAGGCAAACGAACGGAAGUUGCGAAACCGUUAGGUUCAAGAGGAGCACCUCGUGCAUCAACUCGGCAAACUCCAUCACGACAUUCGCCUAUGUUGCCACCUAUGUCACCAGCUAAACCAACUCCAAUGCCUGCUUCGCCAAUAAAAUCACCACGAACACCUGGCUCACCAAUAAAAUCAGCUCAGAAACCUAGUUCACCAGUGAAAUCAGUUCAAACACCUACUGGUAAACCAGUCACACCAGUUGUACGGGAACCAACUCCGGUCAUAGAUGAAUAUACCUCAACUAUUAACGAAGCAACUCAAACAGUUGAAGUUCGUCGAAAAACUCCAAAAGAAUUCUCGCCUUCAUUUCUAAGUCUGAUUGAGAAACUUGUGGAACUGAAUUGGUUUGCCGAACAAUAUCCAUUGAUUAAAGUUGAAAUAUUUCUUGAAACAUGCGACGAAGAUUUGUUUCCUGCUCAUGUCCUACACCGUCUGGAUAUGGUUAGUUCAGUCGAAGAUAGAUAUGCAGUUUUACAUGAACUUGACAAUUAUUAUCGUUCAGCGUCGAUUACUGCGCAGGCACGAGAUUCAUUAAUCGACAAAAUUUUGUUUCAACUGACCAAAUUCAAUCCUCCUUUUUACGAUACUUACGAUGUCGAAUUCAUUCUGUUGUACCUUAGUUUAUUGACUUUCAUCAACAAAAUGACUAUGGAUGUGGUCGGAGAGUUGAUCUUUUGGUAUUUAGAAGGCGGAGAUCAAAUUAGACCAAUUGUUAAAGAACUGUUCGAUCAAUGCGGUCUGCAAGACCCAUUUAGUUACUUCUAUGCAGAGAUGGAUUCCUGGAAACUAUGGGAACUUGAUGUGAACCAACCCAGACGAACAGGGAUAAAAACAUUAUCACACGAAUGGCUUCGACAGUGGAUACAAGCAUUUCGCACUCAUGUUGAAGACAUGAAUUUUCGAUUGAGAAAUGGUGAUUUAAAAGUGAAAAUUAGCAAUGCAACAUCGAGAGCAUUGAUUGGAAAUACUUCGUUAACGAAAAAGUCCACAUUGAAAGGCAAAAAGCUGACAGUCGUUUUGAAUUCAUUACCACAAAUGACACAAGAACAAAUAACUGAACGUAACCAAGCGAAAGAACAAAUGGAUAGCAACACAAUUGUUGUUCUACCAAAAUUGAAUAAACAAGCUGCGCUAGGCCGUUUGGGUGAAUCACAUACAGUUUUCCAUCGACCUAUCAAACGAAAUCCAAUCUUUGUUCCGCACGAACAUCGAUUUGAACCAGGUGAACUUAGUAUGGGCCGUUAUAUGAAUUAUCCUAUGCGCAAACUGUAUCUCGAUCCAUUUCGCCGUCAAAUCUUUACCGAAGAUAUCGAAUACGAAGAUGAUGAACCUUAUUUGCUUACACUUAAACUCGCACCAAAAUUUUUUCUUCCAGUACUUUCACAAAUGUUUCGCGCACUUACCAAUUCGGCUUCACCAGUUAGUGGUGCCUGCCGAUUACUUUUCGUACAAGCUCGAAAUGCAACUGCUACGGCUGCUGCAUCGAAAACAAAUGCGCCGGACUCGAAAAAACCGGACAUGGUUCAUCAAAAACGGGAAUCAAAAGCACGUAUGAAAACAGUUUCUAUCUAUCGUUGGAAUCCUGAGGAACCAAAUAAAAAACCAUUUUUGCAAGACUAUAAGAUAGAUUUAAGCGAUUGCGGUCCAAUGGUUCUCGACGCUUUAAUCAAAAUAAAAAAUGAAAUCGAUCCAACAUUAACAUUUCGUCGUUCAUGUCGCGAAGGCAUUUGUGGAAGUUGCUCAAUGAAUAUCGAUGGUCGAAAUACGCUUGCCUGCAUUUGCAAAAUCGACGAAUCAGAUAAGCCGUUGAAAAUCUAUCCACUCCCACACAUGUACGUCGUCAAGGAUCUUGUUCCGGAUUUCACCAACUUUUACAUGCAAUAUAAAAUGAUUGAACCAUACUUAAAACGUAAAACACCAACAAAAAUAGGUGAUAAACAACUUUUUCAAAGUGUCGAAGAUCGUAAGAAAUUGGAUGGUAUGUAUGAAUGCAUUCUUUGUGCAUGUUGUUCAACAUCGUGCCCAAGCUACUGGUGGAAUGCGGAUAAAUAUCUUGGACCUGCUGUCCUUAUGCAAGCUUAUAAAUGGAUCGUUGAUUCACGUGAUGAAUAUACCAAAGAACGUUUGGAUCAAUUUCGCGACGCGUUUUCAGUCUACCGUUGUCACACGAUUAUGAAUUGCACAAAAGCUUGUCCUAAAGGUCUCAAUCCUGGUAAAGCUAUUGGAGAAAUGAAAGUAUUAAUGGCAAACGUUGGAUCCAUGCCAUCGAAAAAUUCUGCAACUGUCGGUGUCGAAUAUAAAUGA